AUGCCCUCCCCACUCACAGCCCUGCUCUGCCUCGGGCUGUGUCUGAGCUGGAGAAUCAGCACCCAGAAGCGUUCUGAUUCCCUUCCAGAGGCACUGACCAGGCCCAGCAUCUGGGCAGAGCCCGACUCCAGGAUUCCAGAGGGGAAGCCGGCAGCCAUCUGGUGCCAGGGGCUCCCCGGGGCCGAGGAGUACCAGCUGCACUCAGAGGGGGGCCUCUCUGCCUGGGGGAGACCCCAGCGACCCAGAGCGAAGGGCGGAGUCCGGUUCCCCAUCGCAGCCAUGACCUCGCGCACUGCAGGGCGCUACCGCUGCUUCUGCCGCAGCGGGGAGCUCUGGUCGGAGCCCAGCGAGCCCCUGGAUCUGGUGGUCACCGGAAUGUACGACACGCCCACCCUAUGGGUUCAACCAGGGCCCACGGUGACCUCGGGAGAGAAUGUGACCUUCUACUGCCGGCUAGAGACGGUGACCAACACCUUCUUCCUGCUCCAGGAAGGCGGGCCCAGCCACCCACAGGGCAGCCACGGGGCGGUGCCAGCGGAGUUCCCCAUGGGCCCUGUGACCUCGGCACACACGGGCACAUACAGGUGUUUUGGCGCCUAUAGUGACCAUGUGUGGUCCUUCCCCAGUGAGCCCGUGAAGCUCCUGGUCACAGAUGUGGGAGACCCCAGCCUGGAACCCACAGACCCCGCCCCUGCUGCAGGUGAGUAGCUUGCUCCUCCAUGAUCGGGAGAGCUGGAGCCUUCCUGUGUGUGCCCGUGGUUGCCGUGGGCUUCCCCGCCUGCACAGUGCAGUGCAGGUGCCCCAGGUGUGGUGGUGUUCAGUGCCCACAAGCCGCCAGCAGUGAAACCCGCACCCUCCCUCUCAUGCUGGUCCAUAUGCAGAAAGCAGGUGCACUAGGGACAUGAUGAGAAGUUACCCAGAGCUUGUGUCCCCGGGGCCCGUGAC